AUGGAUGCGCCCAGUUUGGACAACGUUUUGACAAAAGUUUUGCCAAAAUUUGGUAAUAUGAGGCAGGCGUUACCUGAGCAAAAGGAAAUUUUAGAGUGUUUUGUUAACAAGAAGAACUGCGUGGCUGUACUCCCGACUGGUUUUGGCAAGUCACUGCCGUUUCAACUGUACCUUCCAGUUGUCCGGGAGGUUAUUGAAAACAGUUCUGACUGGAAAGUUUUAGUCUGUUGUUCCUUAGUAGCUCUGAUGCAGGACCAGGUGGAAAAACUCUCGCACAUUGGAAAUAGUACUGCUACAUACAAAGGCAAAGAUGUACAUAGUGACGAUCGAAUCAAAGAGGGGUUGAUAGAUGUCAUUUUUGCAUCUCCAGAAACAUUGGUUGGUGAUCCCUAUUGGAGAACUUGUUUAAAGAAGUUGAACAUUAAGUUGAUUGUAAUUGAUGAGUUUCACACAAUAGCAAUUUGGGGCCAAGAUGAAGGAGACAGAAAAGAGGCUUUCCGAAAAUGGUUUUCAAAUGUAGGUGAACUAAGAUCCCUCUUUCCCGAUGCUACAGUAUUGGCUUUAAGUGCAACUUGCAAUGUAAGCUUUAGGAAAAAACUCAUGAAAAUAUUACAGCUAGGGGAGGACACAACAGAAAUUAAUUUAUCACCAAACAAGUCUAAUAUUAAACUAGUAUCUUCCAAAAUUAAAAAUGAAAUUGAAAUGGGAAUGACAUGGUCAGUAGAUGCAUAAGAGGAAAAA